AUGAGCAAACCGCAAGAUAGUGCUCUAAUAUCUUCUGCGGCGGUGACUCAGACCCCAGAUGCAUCCAUGCUUCACGUAAACCAGGAGAAACAGAGCGCUAUUACCGCGUCUCAAAUUGGCAAUGCUGGGCUUUUCCUUUCUGCAAAUACUUCAGUGAUGCAAGAAAUGUCAUCUACACAGGCGUUCCACAUCCUCAAAUUGCAGCCCCAGUCUGCUACCAACGGUGCUACUUUUACCCUCCUAGAAGACAAGGAGGUUAUUGAUAAGCUUGACUCCAUGGCCACUCAGAUUCACGAGCUUAGCUCGGCCAUUUGUGUGAUGAGCGAUGACCUCUUCAAAAAGUCUGCCUUAAUUGCUGAUUUGACCAAACAGUUACAAAGGUCUGAACGAGAGCUGGUUAGGCUCAGCACUAUCCAAAGGCCACCAGAGCCUACGUUAGCUGAAGGUAGUCAUCCUCCAUUGAUAACUGGAAGCAAUUUGCCGAUUAAUGUGGAGUUUGCCACUCUAUCUUUUCAGUCUAAUCAAUCUGACGGUACUCCUCCAGUAUCCACACUUCUAACCAAUGAACCUGCCCUAGAUUCGACGCCGCCUCUUACAAUGCAGCUUUCAUUAAGCAAUCCCCCUGACGAUGCCUAUGAGCCGGAAUCGCCUGUUAACUACCGCAGAUCCGAGCUGAAGACAUCAAUAGAUGAUAACGUGCAACCGACAAAUGACUACGCGGUAGAAAUCACAGAGCUCAAGGCUCUGCUCUCUAACCAAGACCAUCUCAUCAACGCGCUUGUAAGCAUUGCUAACGAAGAGGCUGAGCUACUCAAAGUAUUGUUGAUGGAUGAAGAGUAUCUUCCAGAAGAUGUCAAUGGGAUUCCUUGUAUCGCCGCGGCCAUUGAUACACUUAAGGAGUCAGGUAUCCUAUUAGUUCGCGACGAUUUAGAUUUACACAGAAAUGUCAAGACCAAGCUGAUAGAGCUGCAAGAGCUACGGUUUUCUGUGAAGCUGCUAGGUACUGUAAAGCAGAGGACUGAUGAUCGACUUCUCGCAGUCGCCCAGAAGGUUUCUACUUCGCUGUCGAAAUUUGAAAGGAUGUUUUGCUACUUUGUGAUCCUGGGUCUCUGUGCUUUGCUUUUUAGUCAAUGGAUUGUUAAUCCGUGGAAAUAUAAUUAA